GGAGAAAUCGGUCAGCUGUUUUGUCGUCAAUCGUUAAUAAUGGAAACUUUGACUUGUGUGAACAACUUCCUUUGUUUACCUAUGCGCCGUUUUAAUAUUUAAAAGAUCGAAUGUAACGGAAAGAAACAGAAGACGAAAACAAAAACACGCAGGGAAACUCCCAUCUAAAGGGGUUGGGGGGUUGGGAGAAGGAGUAGUAGCGGCAUGGCGACUUCUUGGUAAAAUACUGUUAGCCCAAUACCCCUGGGACUGACCAUCUUGUUGAGGAUGGCUCCCCUCGUUGCCCAUCCUGAGGGCUCAUCAGCUUCUUACCACUUUGACUCCCUCAGUCGAAUUCAGACUUUGCAACAGUCAACAUCUCCACCAUAUUUUCGCAAACUGGUCUUCAAGUGUCCAAUUGUUGUGUAUCGUCAUUUCUAGUCAAUUAGUCAUCGCCAAUAUUGUGCAGCUGAAAUUUAAAAGAUGGGUCAGAUUUGCGGUGCCCAAAGCAGCAGCUCGGAUUACAGCAUCACCAACGUGGCUAACGGUUACCACAAAACCAUUUGGGUGAAGGUCAUCGCGGAACGAAAGUACGUGACGCUGAGAGACUCGUCCAUCGAGAACACAGCCGGGCUCGGCUUCACGCCCAUCUUUCCCGGAGAUUUCGACACUUUCCGACUGCCGGCCAAUCAAGAUCCUGACGAUCCUGUUUACAUCACCAUCCUCACCAGCGACAACGCCAUUUUGUACAACAGUGUGCCGCAGAAUGAAAAUCAAUCGCUCAUCGUCGACAAGAACGGUUGGCUCAAAUACGCACUGAGCGGAUUCAUUUGGAGGGACACGAACGACCAGGAUCACGACAUCAACUCCACUUUGUCGACUUGUCCCAUUCAGUGAAAAUCGUCCAGUCAUGUGUGAUGUGAUAAUGUCAAAGCCAAUUGCAUUUUCCUUAUAUGUGAUUUAUUGGACUGUAAAUACGUUAUCCAAGAUAAUAAGAAAUAAUGAAGUGCGUUUUCGGUUGUCUUCCAAUACAGAACAAUUUUUUUAACUUUUA